CUUGUCACUAGACUUUCCCGCGUAUUUCUGUGUUAAUUUACUGGCCGAUUGUGGCUGUCGAGUAUCUCCGAAGCUCCAGGGGAAAAAAAACGAUAAACUAACAAAAUCUCAAAAUUCAGUGUUUUCAUCUUUGCGAUUACACUGCUCUCCUGUUCUUUUUCAGCAAUGCGGUUUCCGUUUAUCUCACAUAGAACCUACUGCGCAGCUUUAUCUGCAUCAUCCUCCAAUUCCCAGAUUUCCCAUUUCGCUCGUAUCGGUCAAAUUAAUAGAGCUCGAAGAAUAUUUGAUAAGUUGCCUCACAAAACCGUUGUUUCUUGGAAUGCAAUUGUUGGUGGCUACUUCCAAAACAGGCAGCCCCGCGAGGCGCAGAAUUUGUUUGAUAAGAUGCCUGACAGAAACACGGUGUCUUGGAAUGGAUUGAUUUCUGGGUAUGUUAAAAAUGGUAUGAUUAUGGAUGCGAGAAAAGUGUUUGAUAAAAUGCCAGAAAGAAAUGUUGUUUCGUGGACAGCUAUGGUCAGGGGCUACGUGCAGGAGGGGAUGAUAAAAGAGGCAGAGUCACUCUUUUGGGAAAUGCCUGAGAAGAAUGUGGUUUCUUGGACUGUUAUGUUGGGUGGUUUGAUUGAAGAUGGACGUGUUGAUGAAGCCAGAAAGCUUUUUGAUAUGAUGCCACUGAAGGAUGUUGUUGCUAGGACUAAUAUGAUUGGAGGUUUGUGCCUGGAGGGAAGAUUAAGUGAAGCAAGAGAAAUUUUUGAUGAGAUGCCAAAAAGGAAUGUCAUUGCUUGGACUGCUAUGAUUAGUGGUUAUUCCAUGAAUAACAAGGUAGAUGUGGCUAGGAAGUUGUUUGAAGUAAUGCCGGAUAAGAAUGAGGUGACAUGGACGGCAAUGUUGAUGGGAUAUACUCGGAGCGCUAGGAUUAAGGAAGCUGCUGAACUUUUCGAGGUAAUGCCAAUGAAGCCAGUUGCUGCUUGUAACGAGAUGAUCAUUGGAUUUGGACAGAAUGGGGAGGUAGGGAAAGCAAAGUGGGUAUUUGAUCAAAUGAGAGAGAAGGACGAUGGGACAUGGAGUGCCAUGAUCAAGGUUUAUGAGAGAAAAGGAUUUGAAUUGGAAGCCCUCAAUUUGUUUAGUUUGAUGCAAAGGGAAGGAGUUAGGCCAAAUUUCCCAUCUACAAUAAGCAUUCUUUCCGUUUGUGGUAGCUUGGCAAGUCUUGAUCAUGGCAGACAGGUCCAUGCACAAUUGGUAAGAUCCCAGUUUGAUUCUGAUUUGUAUGUUUCCUCGGUUUUGAUUACAAUGUACAUUAAAUGUGGUGAUAUUGUAAAGGCAAAGAGGGUAUUUGAUACGUUUUCUACGAAGGAUACUAUCAUGUGGAAUUCAAUUAUUACGGGUUACGCACAGCAUGGUUUAGGAAAUGAAGCUAUUCAUGUUUUCCAUGACAUGCUCUCUACAGGCGUUGCACCAGAUGAAAUUACCUUUAUUGGAGUUCUGACAGCAUGUAGUUACAGUGGGAAGAUUAAAGAAGGGCUUGAUAUUUUUGAGUCAAUGAAAUCUAGAUAUCUAGUGGAUCCAAGAAUUGAGCAUUAUGCUUGCAUGGUUGAUCUACUUGGCAGAGCAGGAAGACUAAAUGAGGCAAUGAGUUUAAUUGGAAAUAUGCCUAUGAAAGCAGAUGCUAUUGUUUGGGGUGCUUUAUUAGGUGGAUGUAAAACCCAUAAGAAGUUGGAUUUAGCUGAAGUUGCAGCAAGGAAACUUUUAGAGCUUGAGCCUGAAAAUGCUGGGCCUCGCAUCUUGCUUUCAAAUAUCUAUGCAUCCCAAGGUAGAUGGGAAGAUGUAGCUGAGUUGAGAAAAUCCAUGAGAGCCAGAAAUGUAAGCAAACCACCCGGUUGUAGUUGGAUUGAAGUAGAGAAGAAAGUGCAUAUGUUCACUGGGGGAGAUAGCACCGGACAUCCUGAGCAUGCAGCGAUAUUGAAAAUAUUGGAAAAGCUAGGUGGAUUAUUAAGAGAAAUUGGCUAUUGUCCUGAUGGUAGCUUUGUGCUGCAUGAUGUGGAUGAGGAAGAGAAGGUUCAUAGCCUACGCUAUCACAGUGAGAAACUGGCUGUGGCAUAUGGACUUUUGAAGGUGCCAGAAGGGAUGCCCAUUCGUGUCAUGAAAAACCUUCGGGUUUGUGGUGACUGCCACUCUGCAAUUAAAUUAAUAGCUAAAGUAACAAGAAGGGAGAUUAUUCUGAGGGACGCUAAUAGAUUUCAUCAUUUUAAGGACGGGUUGUGUUCUUGUGGGGACUACUGGUGAUUGCAAAGUGCCUUAUCAGGGAUAAAUUUCAAGGUU